GAAUUAGCGUCGUAGCUUGGUGUGUGAGCCUUUCAUCUUGUUUGUGUUCCGUAUGUUGUCGUGUUUCAUCAAAUGGGGUUAUUGUUGUAAAAUAUAACCAAAGAAGACAACUGGUAAGCCAGUUUUAAGCAGCGAGUCAUUAUGGAAGCAGUGAACGCCUUCAACAUGGAGAUGUUCUCCAUGACUGAGAUGAAGCCUCCAAUAUCCCGUGCUAAGAUGAUGUGUGUAACAAAAGCUGCCAUCAAGGCUAUCAAGCUUUACAAACAUGUUGUCCAGAUUGUUGAAAAGUUCAUCAAAAAGUGCAAGCCGGAGUUAAAAGUCCCUGGUUUGUAUGUGGUUGAUUCCAUUGUUCGACAGUCGCGCCAUCAGUUUGGUGUCGACAGAGAUGUGUUUGGGCCCAGAUUUUUGAAGAACUUCACUGAUACUUUUCAGAACUUGUACUGCUGCCCGGAGGAUGACAAGAGCAAAAUUGUCCGAGUGUUGAACUUAUGGCAGAAGAAUGAUGUGUUUGGGAUGGACACCAUUCAGCCUUUGAUGGAUAUGGCCAAUGGAGUCAUUGUGCCUCAUCCCACCUUGGAAGGUCCACCUGAUCCACCUCCAGAUUUACAGCCUGCUACGUCGAGUGCCACAUUUGUGACGGCCUCUCCUCAACUUCUUACUCCUGAUACAAUAGCUGCUGUAGCACAGCUGCUUCAGUCUUCCAGUGGUCAGGAGCUACAGAAAAUGCUCCAGAACUUCCAACAGGGGGAUAAGACCCUGGUAGAUGCCAUUGCAAGCAACAAAGCAGACUCGUGCCAGAUGCCCAUAGCUCAGGAAAAUGCUCAUGCUAUGCAUACAGAAAAGAAAAAUGCCCUAGCCCAGAAUCUUCUUGAUCGUUUUGACUAUGAUGAUGAACCGGAGGAUCCAACAAAUAAAGACUGUCCCCAGUUACAAGGUGUUCCUGAAAAUAUAUUGAUGCACUUUCCUGGUCAGAUGCCCUGCACACAGCCUGUUGAUCCACAUAUAAAAGAGGAGACUGGUGGUACUGAGCCUGGUUUAGGAGUGAAACACGGUGAAUCAGAUAGGAUGCAAGAUAAGAACAGUUCCACUCAAGAAGUUCAUUCACACUUGAAGGGACAUUCAAGGGAAGAUUUGUUGAUCAGGAAGGAAGAUGCACACAAAUCCUAUGGGAGAAGGGCAAGAUCCAAAUCACGUUCCAGAUCUCCAAGGAGAAGGUCCAGAUCUACGUCACGGUCAAGGCGAUCAAGACAUCAAAGUUCUCAGUUCAGAGAACGGCGAGUGAGGUCCCGCUCACGUUCGGAGGACAGGGUUCAAAGGGAAAAGGACAGACAACGCAGGCAACAAGGGCUUCCUCGCAUGAAGAGCCAGACACUCAGUGUUUGCAGUACUACACUGUGGGUAGGACAGCUAGAUAAAAGGACUCAGCAGUCUGAUGUCAUGUCCCUUCUGGAAGAGUUUGGGCAGAUCGAAUCCGUCAAUAUGAUUCCUCCCAGGGGCUGUGCUUAUAUUGUUAUGACUCACAGACAGGAUGCCUAUACAGCCAUGAACAAACUCGGUAGAGGGUCAUACAAAGUGAACCAGAAGCCUGUGAAGAUUGCAUGGGCUUUGAACAAAGGUAUUAAAGCAGUGCACAAAAAGUUCUGGGACAUUGAACAGGGAGUUACCUACAUUCCGUGGAGCAAAGUUAAAGUGGAGGACCUGGAGAGCUUUUGUGAAGGUGGUAUUCUGGAUGCUGACACGCUAAGUCCAGAAUGGAGCAGUUUCAAAAACCUCACGACUGUAAUGACUGUAAAUGGAGUUUUGGAAAGCACAUCAGCACAUGGAGCAGUUGCGGCUCACAUUCAGGUGCCACAGCUUCCACAGACAGCACCUAUAGGAAGUCCACCCACUUUAACACCUCCUCCCAUCAUGCUGUCCCCAACAUCUGUCCCUGCAGCCCCUUUCAUUGCACCAGAAUUUGACCGCACUCUGCUCCAGCAAGCUGGAACUGGAAUGCUGACAGAGUCCACCAACGAUUUGAAAGAAGCUCAAAUCACAUGCUUGGAUGUGAACAGUAACAGCCACCUGGGAUCUUCUGCAGUACCAGUGAUGAACCUGCCAGGUCCGACUGCUAUGCAGGGUCCCAGACUGGGUGUGCCACCUCUGCAGCACCCCCCAGCCAUGCCCAAUCUGCCUACAUUUGUUUCACCCCCAAACAUGUCGCACGUGCCUCUGCCAACGAUGCCCACACGGCCCAUGUUCUCCCCAGAUAGAUUCAGAGUGCGCAUGCCCCUCCUUCCUCACGGCCCACCCUACAUUCGAUCACAUCCUAUGGGACCAGGGGGCGUGGAUGGCAGGGGUGGGAGGCCGGGGUUUGGGUACACACCCUUCCACAGAGGCAGGUGGUAGAGUGUGCUUGAAUAUUGUACCUCAGGGGAGACGAUACUGAAACACUGAGACAGAUACUAACACAUACAAGGAUACAGAUUUCAGAAGUAUUGCUGGUGUGGAUACAAAUAUUUCAGAAUCACGCUUGAGCUUUAUUUUGCAACACCGGAACUGUGUCUUUGUUGUAUAAAGACUGAGUCAUAAGAGCCUGUAAAUACUGUGUGCACUUGUUGCUGUUUGCUAUCUUUUGUAUAUUUGACAUUGUCUCCUACAUGCUUAGUUCUUUAAUAUUGGUAUUGGGAAGUAAAAAAAAAAAAAUCUAGUUUUUACUUGUAUUCUUUCACCAGAGUUUUGUGUGAAAUUGUUCUUUGAUACCUUUUGGUAUUUUGUUUUUAGAAAAGAGCCUUACAGCAAAAUUUAAUUAUUAUUCUCAGCUGUUGCAUUUUAUUUGAUGCAGAUAUGAGAUUCCAUAUGCUGUCAGCAGAGGGCAGAAUAAACCUCAUCCUGGGUCACAUCUUGUAGAGUUCUCCAGUGAAUAAUUAAAAGUAAUUCCACUUGAUCAGGUCUUUUUAUUGUAGUUGUCACACCGACACCUU